UUCCCGCUCCCUUCUCCUCCUGCAGGGGGUCUUACAGAGGCACAUUUCAGGCACCGGGAACCUGUUGACUCGCAGCAGCGAGGGGCGGCGGCGACAGUGUGGGAUCGGCAGCGCGCGGCGGUGGCAGGCGGGCGGGCGCGCGCGCGCGCGCCUCUGGGAGAAGUUGAGAAGCUGGGCGGGCGCGCGGAGGAAGUGUUACAUCCAGUAACAUGUGAAAGGCCGCUUCUGAGGCGUGCAACAAAAACAAACAACGAAAAAAUACAAAAAAAAAAAAAAAAACAAACAAACAAGAGGGUAGUAGGAGGCGCAGCUGAGCGGACCUCCCAGAAAAAAAGGGCUCCGGGCGCAUCUGCACAUCCUUCUCCUCCUCCGGAGGGGUUUACCAGGGUUAGUUACCGUGGUGCAGAGGCUGUGGACGGAAGAGCUGCGGCGGACAAGCCAGAGAACAACUUCUCCAGCCAGACAAACACACACUGUGACACACACACACGCGCGCGCGCGCGCGCGCACACAAUGGCGGAGAGGAGAUGCGUCCAGCUGGGCUCCACCAGCGGCGCGCGCUCCUAGAGCAGGUCCUCGAGCCGCCGCCACCGCCGUCGUCAUCCCCAUGGACGCGCUCCGGAGGUUCGGCGACAUGGAGAAUCCCGGCGAGAACCCGAGCAGGGCGGCGGAGUACCUGAAGGAGCUCAACAAGAUCAUCGAGACCCAGCAGGAGCUCCUGGAGAAGCAGAAGAGCCGCGUGGGCGAGCUGGAGGCGCAGGUGGCCGAGCUGCGCGUGGAGAACGCGCGCCUCAAGGAGCAGCACCAGCGGCACCUGGUCACCUGCCGCCUGCAGCCCGCGCUCGGCUCAAUCGAGGAGAACGCGCUCCUGCAGGACAGACGACGCCCCCCUUUGGCGCUCGCCCACCCUGACAGUCCAGGCGGGAUCGCUUCGCCCCUCUCGGCCAGAAGUUACCCCUGUCCGAAGUGGAAGUCGGCCUCCUUUGGCGUGGAAGGCGAUGCCGCGAGCGGCGACCCGGGUCCAUCUUAUGAUGGCGGCGCAGCCUACGGCCGAGGCCCCGUGACACGAGGCUCCGCCCUCGGCCCGGAGCACUUGGACGCCCCGCCCUACGGCCCCCCCGGCCCCCCAGGACUCCAGCGUCCCCGGCGACCCAAACUGCAGCACUCGCAGUCCGUCCUGCGCAAACAGGCCGAGGAGGAGGCCAUCAAGCGCUCGCGCUCGCUCUCCGAGAGCUAUGAGCUUUCCAGCGACCUCCAGGACAAGCAGGUGGAGAUGCUGGAGCGGAAGUACGGCGGCCGUUUCAUAACCCGACAUGCAGCUCGCACCAUCCAGACCGCUUUCCGCCAGUAUCAAAUGAACAAGAACUUUGAGCGCCUGAGGAGCUCUAUGUCGGAGAACCGCAUGUCCCGGCGCAUCGUCCUCUCCAAUAUGAGAAUGCAGUUUUCCUUCGAAGGACCUGAGAAAGUCCACAGCUCGUAUUUUGAGGGCAAGCAGGUGUCCGUGACGGAUGACGGAGCCAAGCUGGGUGCACUGGUCCAGUCCGAGUGCGGCGAUGUGGUCCCCGCUGGGGUCAAGUCGCCGGCUGCACAGAGCGACUUCUCGGAUGCCAUCACGGAGCUGGAGGACGCCUUCUCGCGGCAGGUCAAGUCGUUGGCUGAGUCCAUAGAUGACGCGCUCAACUGCCGCAGCCUGCAUGGGGACGAGGGCCAGGGUGAGCCGGUGGCCGAGAGGGAAGCGACCUACCAGGUGAAACCUGCACACGGAGGGGACCGUCGUAAGUUGGACGAGAUGACUGCAUCCUACAGCGACGUGACACUCUACAUCGAUGAGGAGGAGCUGUCUCCACCACUGCCGAUCGCCCAGUCGGUAGAGCGGCCCUCAAGCACUGAGUCGGAACUGCGACUUCGCUCACUCAACUCCUCCCAGGAGUACUGGUCGCUGCCUCAGAAGGAUGACAAGGGGGACACGGACACGAGCUGCCGUAGCACCCCGUCGCUGGAGUGCCAGGAGCAGAGGCUGCGGGUGGACCACCUGCCGCUGCUCACCAUCGAGCCACCCAGCGACAGCUCCGUGGAGAUGAGCGACCGCUCCGACCGCAGCUCACUCAAGCGACAGAACGCCUACGACCGCAGCAGCCAACAGGGCAGCCCCAAGCACAUGCCCCACGGGCCGCCGUCCCUGCCGCGGGGCCCCUCCCGCGAUGACGAGCUGCCACGACACCGACCCCGACAGCUGGAGGCCCACCUGGCGAUCAACGGUAGCGCCAACCGGCAAAGCAAGUCCGAGUCGGACUUCUCAGACGGCGACAACGACAGCAUCAACAGCACAUCCAACUCGAACGACACCAUCAACUGUAGCUCCGAGUCGUCGUCGCGCGACAGCCUGCGGGAACAGACGCUCAGCAAGCAGACAUACCAUAAAGAGACACGCAACAGCUGGGACUCGCCUGCCUUCAGCAACGACGUCAUCCGCAAGAGGCACUACCGCAUCGGCCUCAACCUCUUUAACAAGAAGCCGGAGAAGGGCGUCCAGUAUCUGAUAGAGCGAGGAUUUGUCCCAGACACCCCUGUGGGCGUCGCCCACUUCCUGCUCCAGAGGAAGGGACUGAGCCGCCAGAUGAUCGGGGAGUUUCUGGGUAACCGACAGAAGCAGUUCAACAGAGACGUCCUCGACUGUGUGGUGGACGAGAUGGACUUCUCCAGCAUGGAGCUGGAUGAGGCUCUCAGGAAGUUCCAGGCCCACAUCCGCGUCCAAGGGGAGGCGCAGAAGGUGGAGCGGCUCAUCGAGGCCUUCAGUCAGCGUUACUGUAUCUGCAACCCCGGCGUAGUGCGGCAGUUCAGGAACCCGGACACAAUCUUCAUCCUGGCAUUCGCCAUCAUCCUCCUCAACACCGACAUGUACAGUCCCAAUGUGAAGCCAGAGCGCAAGAUGAAGCUGGAGGACUUUGUGAAGAACCUCCGAGGGGUGGAUGACGGCGACGAUAUCCCCAGGGAGAUGCUGAUCGGCAUCUACGAGCGCAUCCGCAAACGAGAGCUGAAGACCAACGAGGACCAUGUGUCCCAGGUGCAGAAGGUGGAAAAGCUCAUUGUUGGGAAGAAGCCGAUUGGUUCUCUGCACCAUGGCCUGGGAUGUGUGCUCUCGCUGCCCCAUCGCCGGUUGGUGUGUUACUGCAGACUGUUUGAGGUUCCGGAUCCCAACAAACCUCAGAAGCUUGGCCUUCACCAAAGGGAGAUCUUCCUGUUUAACGACCUGCUGGUGGUCACCAAGAUUUUCCAGAAGAAGAAGAAUUCAGUGACGUACAGCUUUAGGCAGUCCUUCUCACUCUAUGGGAUGCAGGUGCUUCUCUUUGAGAAUCAGUACUACCCCAAUGGAAUCCGACUUACCUCAGCCAUUCCGGGUGCGGACAUCAAAGUCCUCAUCAACUUCAACGCCCCCAACCCACAGGAUCGCAAAAAGUUCACAGACGACCUGCGGGAGUCCAUCGCAGAGGUCCAGGAAAUGGAGAAGUACAGAAUAGAGUCGGAGCUGGAGAAGCAGAAGGGUGUGGUGCGGCCUAGUAUGUCCCAAACCUCAGGCCUCAAGAAGGAGGCGGGCAAUGGGAACCUAGGCCGCGCAAGCCUGGAUGACAGCUAUGCCAUGGGGGAGGGGCUGAAGAGGAGCGCCCUCAGCAGUUCGCUACGCGAUCUCUCCGACGCAGGUAAGCGCGGGCGUCGCAGCAGUGCAGGAUCACUAGACAGCACUAUGGAAGGGUCCAUCAUUAGCAGCCCCCACAUGCGGCGGAGAGCCACAUCGACCCGCGAGGGCGCGGCGCGGGGCCACCAGUCCGUCCCCAACUCCUCGUCCCUCCUGGGGACGCUCUUCGGCAGCCGGCGCGGAAAGUCGCCGUCGCAGGGCCAUGCCCCGCCUCUGCCACCGCCACCUCCGCCGCACCCUACCCUUGUAUCGCACUCCCCACACCCCGGUGCGCUACACCACGGCACCCAGGUGGAGACUCAAGCACAGAUGCACGGGCACCACGCCCAGUACUGCCCCGCGCAGCAGAACCCACCGCCCUACCACCACCAUCACCACUACCACCCUCCGGCCCACCUGCAGUACCACGGCCAGCAGCCCCCCUAUGCCGGGCAUAGCCACGGCCCUCAUGCACAGCAUCCCGCCCACUCCCAGCAUGCCCCGCACCACCAUGGCCAACCGCCGGUGCCCGCCCCCGCACCCGGGGCCAAGCCUAAACACAGUGGCAUCAGCACGAUUGUGUGAGGCCGGGCCGGAAGGGCGAUGGGAGGCGCUCACGCAGGAUCGCGACCGGGUGGGAGGGCUGGGGGGAGGCCGCCGGGGCGGGUGGGGACAAGGGCAGCACACCAAGGAGAAGACGGCAUCCCGAGUCCACGUUUCCAGAUGACUAAGAGCCCCGUCUCCUCCAAGAAGACGACUCCACGAGCGGCCCCCUCCACCAGGGUGCACGCCGCGCUCACGCGACGCCUUCUUCCCACCACUCCUAGACGGACGCGGAGCCAGUCGGCUCAAAUUAGUCCAGCAGGUCCAUCAUCUAGUCCCUGAGCCAUUUUCAUGUGUUUUCCCACCAGUGCGAAAAGCACCAGAACACACACACCACGACGCCGAACUGCUCACAGGCUUCUCGGAAGCGUAGCUCAAUAAUCCCCAUUGUAGUCUUCACGGCAGUAAAUUAUUCUUCCUCAAAAUAGUUGCGGCAGUGCGUGCGUUGGUCCCACUAGGGUAGCCUCACCUAGAGCAAGAGCGAUACAAUAACUCAUAGACCAACAGACGGAGUUAGUUCACCAUGGAUAGACAUGGUCCCAGAAGAAGUAGUUACUCCAGUAUUUACUGUAGCUGUAGGUCACAGCUCUCUGUGCUGUCUCUUAGCAACCAUAAAUCAAUGUGCCAAUUAUUAAAGCAUUUAACUCUUUUAGUCCGACAAUUUGCUUUGUGUAUAUCGUGCAUAUAGUAUUUUGUAAGAUGAUAAUAAUAAUAAUAGCAUCAGUUAUUACUGUUAUCAAAUGAGAUGUUCAGAGGCGUCUGAAGUCUUUUGCAGUAUUAUAGCCUGAUGUAGCGAACAGUCUCUCUGCUGUAGAUACGAACCGAAUGCUCACACUAGUUAGGCCUUUCAAACACUCAGACAUCUCUGGUUGCCUUUGCAAUAGAACUGUAUAAAAAUUGUAGAAUGCAGCUGCAGCGUGCGGGGGUCCUGGGGGGUCCUCGGGCGAUACGGCGGGGCUCCCCACCAGGUCGGACUGGUGCAUCUUGACCUCCUCGGAUCGGUCCCGGCUGCCUG